ACAAACCGGUUUCCAGAAGCGAAACGCGACGAGACGCGUUCACACGACCCAGAGUUUGAUGUUAAACUUUCAGCUUCUGUCACAGCAGAGUUCAUCAGAAAGUCGUCUGUAAUCAGUUCUGUUCAACUUUCAGUCCGACUCAGCACCGAGCAGGACUUCUGUCCGUGCUCGUCUACCGGCGGCGUGACGUUAGCUGAGGGAAGGAAACGGAUCGUUUACCGUUAAUAGAACCGGUUCUGGUGUUUGUUAUCUGGACCUGCCUCCUGCUGCCUUCACUGACAUGGCUGCUAACCCCCCCGGACAAGCCUUCCCAAACAAGACCCGGGUUGCGAUCCUGGCUGAGCUGGAGAAGGAGAGGAGGCGUCUGAUGCAGAAUCAUUCCAUGAACACUCCUGGAGCCAGCAUUUCGCUGUCCAGGCCGAGUCUGAAGGAGUUCAGGGACAACGCAGAGCAGCAGCACAUCGCCGCUCAGCAGAAAGCUGCCCUGCAGCAUGCACACGCACAUUCAUCGGGCUUCUUCAUCACUCAGGACUCCUCCUUCGGUAACCUCAUCCUCCCCGUCCUUCCACGCCUGGAGCCUGAUUCGUGACCUUUCAGCCCCGGUCUGCCCUCCUGCAGCUCCCCAACUCUGCUGCACAUCGGCCUCUCCAGAGCUGCCGGUGAUUAACGGACUGCUGUUUGUCAUGUUGAGAACCGUCUCAGGGGAGCGUCGAUCUGCCUCUUCUACAUUUUCCAGACUAACAAGCUGGCUGCUGGUUUUGGGAACGCUUUCCAAAGAGCCGGACGAACGUGCCAAAUAGUUAUAAAACAUCCUGUUAAGUUGUCUGCAGGCUGAAAACAAACUGCAGGAACACAGUGAAGAGUCUCCUGCUCUGCUGCCGAUCAUCAUUUCCAUAAAACGCACAUUCUGUCGGCUUUUUGUAAUUGUUUUGUAUUGAUAUGGAUAAUAAAGUGAUAAAAGGGUCACGUUCA